AUGGCUUCCAUUGACCUAAGCUCUACGCCCGCCUUUUCCGCCAAGGUGCCCCCCGAAAAAUCACAGACGAUCCUCCUUGUGACCAUUACAGUCGACCCUUCCGAUAUAGACGAGUUUCUCAAAGGCUUACACAUUUGUUAUGACCGCUGUGUCGAGGAGCCGGAGUGUUUGUCAUUCGAGGUCUUUCACAGUCAGGAUUCGCCUGGCCGAUUCCGGUUUCUGGAGAUCUGGGCAAAGGAUCGGGAAUGGUUUGAAUCGGUCCAGAUGAAGAAGCCGUACUACGAUCCAUACCAUGAGGCCACCAUCAAACUAUGGACCGAGCCCCGGACUCUAGAGUUCUUUGACCGGCAGCCUGGGCUUUCGGCCAUAAAUCUUUCUACCAUCUUAACGUCAUUCCUUGAAUCCGCAUCCAAGGCAAUCCAUCAGAUUCCCCGAGAUCCAUUGUUCAUCGAGUACGACACGCCUAUAUCAGUGUAUCACACAAGCUCUCUGGAGUCGGACGCCCCGCCCGUGACUCUUUUGUCCAAAGAAGAGACGGACUGCUUGUUGGACCUCUACUGGCCCACGUUCGAGAUUGAGAUACCCAUCCUGGAUCCGAUUUCAUUUAGAGCGCAGUAUGAGUGUCUCUGGUCCAAGGAUGGACAGGCAAGAUCUUCACCGCCGCUCGUGGAUGCGCUCACAGCCUUGGCUUCACAGCACGCUCAGAGCGCAGAUUUGAUGGGGCGGACGGUGGGCACAAGGCACUUGAGGUGCAUGUACCAUGGGGACGUCGGCCUCGCGUCCUUCUGCUACCUUCGGCGAUGCCGCAAGACACUUGAGCAGGAUGUCAGCGAGCCUUCCCUGACCAAAGUGCAGACAUAUGCUUUCAUGACGGCCUACUUACUCAAUGCUGGCCAGUACGAGACGGCGUACACCAUGCUCGGUGUGGCGAUACGACUGGGGUACUUGCUUGACAUACACGUGGAGCGCGAGGUCGACGAUGAGGAGCCACCGGUGGGAGACUGGGUGAGCCGGACGUGGUGGUUCCUCAUUCACUUGGAUCUCCGAUGUUCGCUGGAGCUCGGGAGGCCGCUCGCUGUCCACUGGCCUGGCUUACCUCCCUCUAAACCGCCGUCGGCGACGUUGGCAACCACCCAAUAUCACAUCUCUCGCGCCAGGCUCACCGCUGCAAUAUUGUCGGCGCUUGACACUUUGAUGCGAAACUCACCGGCCACGCCACGUGGUGGCAAUGUGAUUGUCUCGCUGGACGCGGAAAGCUUGGAGAAGACCCUGCGUCCCCUUGAGCAAUGGAAACAAGACACCUGCCACGACAACGAACCCUUCUAUCUGCGACUCAACACGGCGCAGGACGAGAUCACCCGUCCGCGGCUGAGGACUGUUGGCUGGGAGAGGCAAUCUACACUACUGUCGUUAUAUUAUCAUGACGCCAUAAGAAGAUUCUUUCAGCCCUUCGUCACCGUCUUCCUCUCCGAGUCACAGCCACCACAGCUUCCUCGGAAUUUGGGGCAAGUAUCUUUGUUGGCCAAAAAGGGAGCAGAUCACGCCAUGGCAAUCAUCGACAUCAUUCAUGACGGCCUGCGAUCGUCGGAUGCUCUGUACGGCUGUUUUGAGCUGUACGUCUUGGAGUGGAACGCCCUGUUGAGCAUCUUUGCCUUGACAAUGGCCUGCCCGUCGCUGUUGCCCUGCUCGCUCGCACUUGAAAAGCUGGAGCGGGCGUCGUUGCUGUUCGAGCUGGGCGAAAAGCGACAUGCUGUGGCGAAGAGAGCUUGGAUUCUGACUCAGAGGCUGAGGACGCAACUGCUCGACGCCACCAGAAGCUGUGCGGCCAAGUCCCGAAAUACCGACAACGGGCUCCAGGCUGAAGCCCCAGUCAACGCACUAUUACCCACGGAUCCGGAGUCCGUUUCAUUAUAUACGGAUCAACAGUGGUGGCAGGAGGAAUCGGCUGAGGACGUGUGGUCUUGGCUGGAGGAUUUUGGGACCACGGACUCGUGGGAAAGCGAGUGUCUGGAGAUUGACGGACUGCUCAAUACGACCCAUUCACUGCCUUCCAUCGAUUUGAGCACUUCGGAUAGAGACCACCAUCCGCAAGCUUGA